AUGACUUCUCAAGUUGAGGGAUGGAAGAAUGUUGUGAAUUCCAUGAGAGUUCUUGGUGAUUUAUAUGAUGGUGGGGAAAGUGACAUUCUUCGGAGUGAUUCACCUAGCUCGGACACUAGUGAGGCUGACUUGGCGGGCGAGGGUGACUGUGAUGUCGUUCAAAAUAUGAGCCGAAGAUAUAAGCCUACCAAGGACAGAAAUGAUCCAAGGUUGGAAGUGGGGUUGCGGUUCAAUACCAAGGCCGAUUUUACAGACCUUAUACGUCAUCAAGGUGUCCAGUUGGGUAAGAAGUUGAGGCUCAAGAAGAAUGACAACAUUCGUUGUAUUGCAUACUGCAAGGGGUUGCUGCGAAGUAAGAAGGUUAAAGCAGGUUGUCCAUGGACGGUUUCCUUGUAUUAUAGGAGUGAACUUGGCUGUUGGCAGAUUGGAGCUCUGCGUGACAUACACAAGUGUGGGGGUGCUUCUUACAACCAUGGUUGUGCUAAUGCCAAGUAUUUGGCACGACUAUUCAAGGAAGAUAUGAGGUUAUUUCCCGGGAUGACGGUUGGGCAAUUUGUGGAGAAGGUGCAUGUGGAGUUGAAGAUAACAAUUUCGGUGGGAAAGGCGAAGCGUGCAAUGGCACGUGCGAGGAAACUGAUCGAGGGUGAUACAAUCAAGCAGUACAAGAGGCUGCAUGAUUAUAGGGCAGUGAUUUUGAGGACAAAUCCAGGGAGUACCGUUGUCCUAGCAACUAGGCGCCUAUCGGAUGGAACUGACAAGUUCAAUGGAAUCUACAUAGCUUAUGAAGCUUGUAAGACUUCCUUCAAGCAGCAUUGCAGGCGUAUGAUAGGAUUGGAUGGUUGCCAUCUAAAAGGACAAGGGAAGGCCAUUGAGAAUACGGAUACUUGGAGUUGGUUUUUAAGUUUGUUGGUUAAGGAUCUGGACAUCAAGGAUUCGAGCAAGUGGACAUUCAUCUCCGAUAGACAAAAGGGCCUUAUCAAUGCUGUCCGAAGUUGCUGCCAUAAUGCCGAACACCGCUUCUGUGUGUGGCAUAUGCACAACAACUUCAAGAAGGUGUUCCCAUCUCCAACGCUAAAAGACAAGAUUUGGGAAGCAGCCCGUUCAACAAAUGCAUACGCCUUCGAGAAGGUGAUGGAGGAGGUGAAACAACUGAACACCGCUGCACACACGUGGCUUACCGUGCACACUGCCAAGGAGAGCUGGAGUCGUGCUUUCUUUGGUUUUGAGGCCCAUUGUGACAUUCUAGUCAACAACAUUUCAGAAUGUUAUAACAAAGUCCUAUUGUUUGCGCGGGACAAGCCCUUGUAUGGCAUGCUGGAAUGUAUCCGAAUGUAUUUGAUGGACAGGUUCACCACCCGACGGAAGAUGGCUGCAAAGUUGGAGGAUUGUAUCGGACCCAAGAUAAGGAAGAAGCUUGAGAAGCUAAAGGAAAAGGUUGGAGAUUGUAUGGUGAGAGAGGCUGGUGAAUGGGUGUAUCAGGUGAACACCAAAUUCAAUGAGCAGUUCGUGGUGGAUAUACGGGAUCGGAGUUGUAGCUGUAGGCGUUGGAUGUUGACCGGGUUACCGUGCCCACAUGCGAUUGCUGCUAUUCAGAUGACUGGGGAGGAUGUGGACUCCUUUGUAGCUCAAUGCUACUCAACGGAGACGUUGCAAUUGGUGUACGCGCCCAUCAUCUACCCGGUACACGGACCAGAUAUGUGGCCAAGGACUCCUCAUCCCGAUAUCGUUCCACCAGACCUUACCCGAUUGCCCGGACGUCCGAAGGGAGCAAGGCAAAAAACGGCUGAAGAACUGGCUGCAAGAAGCAAGGUCAAAGCAAAGGCAGCAAGGAUAGCCCGUCAAGUUGUCACGGUCCGAGAUGGGGAGGAUGGACGCCAGAAAAUGUCGAGGAAGGGGCUGAUGCCGGAGUACAAGUGUCGGCUUUGUGCUUUUCUACAAACCCAGCAGCCAUUUAAAGACACUGAGUCCAACUGGCUAAGGAGAGAAGGGGUAGAUCCAGUCACCACUCAUUCAGGAUUAACCACUGCCUUGCCUGUUGACUUGGAUGCGAGCAUUGAGGAAGAUUGUUGCACAACCAUCAAGAGUGAAUCAGAAUCAAUAUCCACAGCUGAAGAGGAGAAUGCUGCCGAGAUGGCUGAGGGUCCAGACCUCGCAUCUGAGGCAGUAGGAGAUAAGAGCCCAGCAGAGCCGAGAAGGGGGAGUCCGAGAAAGUGA